AUGCCGUGGGCGCCUUCAGCUCAGASCUCUCCACCGUCAAAUGAUAGGUUUUACGGAAGAUCGUGCNGGCCAGGAGGCUAUCAGGAACCACAAAGAUUCCAACAACCAGCCAAUCAAGGUUAUCAAGGAUAUCAACAGCCAUCUGGUCCAGGAAAUUACCAGGAACAGCAAGGCUACCAACAGCCUGGUCAAGGGAAUUACCAGGAAGAGCCUGCACGAAGGAGUUAUCAGGAACCACAGAAAUUUCAACCACCAUCAGAUCCAAGUAAUCAAGGCUACCAACAACCAGGGGCUACUGGAGGUUACCAGGAUCCACAAACAUACCAGCAACAACCUGUGCCAGGGAGCUACCAGGAACAGCAAAGAUACCAACAGCCAUUCAGUCAAGGACAUCAGUUGUCUGGAUCAGGAAGUUUCCAGGAACAAGCACCACCUCAAGAUUUUCAACAUCAACAGUAUAGCCAGGGAAAUCCACCAUACCAACAGCCACAAGGUUUACCAGCAUAUCAAGACAAAUAUAACCAGGAAGGACAGCCCCCAGCACAACAACCUUCAAAUUAUAACCAACCAGAGAAACGGCAGGACCAGAUACAACCAAGCUACAAUCAACCAUCUUCAGUGCAGAGUACAUUCUCACCACCAGACUCUGGACAAGCAUAUCAGUCUGCAAGUAGUCAGCCUGGCAGAAGCUGGCRUGAUGUCAUGGCUAGCGAGAAAAUGAAUGGUGAAGCAACUAGACAAGAGCAGUCAUCAUGGCAACAAAGAAGUCAGAGCCACAGAACAUCAGGAGACAAUGUUUGUCAUAACUGUAAAGAACCAGGCCAUUUCUCUAGAGAAUGCCCCAACCCUCGCCAGCCAGGCGGUCAAACAUGCCAUAAAUGUGGUGAAACUGGCCACUUUGCAAGAGAAUGUCCUAACAAUACUGGAGGCCAGUCGUGUCAUAAAUGUGGAGAAUUAGGCCACUUUUCCCGGGAGUGUCCAAAUAAGUCAGGGCCAGGUAAUGAUCAGUUGUGUCACAGAUGUGGCGGUGCAGGGCAUUUUGCUAGGGAUUGCAGUGAGCAGUCCACUAAUAGAGGGAGUGGAUGUCAUAGAUGUGGUGAAGAGGGACAUUUUGCACGAGAAUGYCCAAAUGUAGCAGCUGAUCCAUCCAGACCUGCUCCAGUCACAUAUAUACCUGAAGAAAUAGAUGACAUGGAUACCCUGUUUAAAGAUGCCCCACAUUUUGGUAUCAACUUUGAAAGAUAUGAUAAUAUUCCAGUCAAGGUUUCAGGCUUAAAUGAACCUAAUCCUGUAAACUCAUUUGAGGAAGCGAAUUUUGGCAGCCAGUGUAUGGCAAAUAUUAAACGUGCUGGAUAUUUGAAGCCUACACCAGUGCAGAAGUAUACUUUCCCCAUUGUACAGGGUGGUAGAGAUCUCAUGGCAUGUGCUCAGACUGGAUCAGGCAAAACAGUUGCAUAUCUCUUACCCACCAUAACAAAUAUGAUCAAGAGAGGUCUACCCAGUGCCUCGCGUUCCCCUUUAGUGUUAAUUCUGGCACCGACCCGUGAGUUAGUAAAACAAAUUUACCAAGAAGCCAGGAAAUUCUCUGAUGGUACUCCAAUCAGAGUCAAUGAAGUUUAUGGUGGAGUUAGUGUUGCGUAUCAAUCACAGUGUUUGGAGCAAGGCUGUCAUUUCCUGGCUGCCACACCAGGAAGACUACUGGACUUUAUCUCGAGGGAGAAGAUUUACCUUGACAAUAUCCAGUGUUUGAUACUGGAUGAGGCUGAUCGCAUGCUGGAUAUGGGCUUUGAACAUGAUGUCCGCAGGAUUGUUCAACAAAGUAACAUGACCGAUAAACACCAAAGACAGACCUUGAUGUUCAGUGCUACCUUCCCUGAUGAGGUCCAGGUUCUUGCUGCUGAUUUUCUAAAGACUGAUUACCUUUUCUUGGCUGUCGGUCGGGUAGGAGGGACGAACCUCGACAUUGAGCAGAGGAUACUGCAAGUUAAUGGCAAUGAUAAGAGAGAUCGGCUUUUUGAUAUCUUGAACGGAUCAGGUCUUGACAGGACGCUGGUUUUUGUCGAGCUAAAACGAGUCGCAGAUUUUUUGGCUUGCCUGCUAUCUGAAAACAAUUUCCCGACGACAAGUAUUAGCAGUGACAGAAGCCAAAGAGAACGCGAGGAAGCGUUGCGUGACUUCCGUAUUGGCAGAGCCAAUGUUCUCGUCGCCACAUCCGUCGCUGCUCGUGGUCUGGACAUCCCGGAUGUAAAGCAUGUUGUCAAUUAUGAUUUACCUCAAGAAAUUGACGAAUACGUCCAUCGUAUCGGUAGAACUGGACGAAUAGGAAACAGCGGAAAAGCGACGUCUUUUUUCGAGCAGGGACGAGAUGAAAAGAUUGCCAGAAGUUUGGUGAAGAUUUUGAGUGACGCAUUUCAAGAAGUCCCAGCAUGGCUCGAGCAGGCUGCCGAGGAUGCUGUUGGUUCAGGCUACGGCCCCAAAGGUGGACGGUUCUCAUCACGUGACACGCGUGAGGGUGGAAGAGGUAGACAAAAUGGACAUCAAAACUCUGGCGUCAUACUACAGAAUGAUCCCAAUUCACAGUUUGGAUCACAAGCUCCAGACUUCAAUAUGCAAAAUGGGCCAUCUCAGGCUUCUUACUGCUACAGUGGUGACGCAGGGGGAUCUGGUACAUCGUACAAUACUGGUAGAGGAGAAACUGGACCCUCAUACAAUACUGGAGCAGGGACUGGACCCUCGUACAAUACUGGUAGAGGAGGAACUGGACCCUCAUACAAUACUGGAGCAGGAACUGGACACUCGUACAAUUCUGGUGGCAGUGGAAGUGAACCAUAUAGUGCAGGUGGAGGUGCUGGGACGUCCUACAAUACUAGUGUGGGAGGAGCUGGUCAAGUUUAUAACAUUGGUGGAGGAGAGGCUGGUAAUAGUGAUGACGAUUGGGAUUAAAUGACGUCCUAAAGAAGCUUUGCAGUGUAUUGUGGGAUUGUUUUGAUUACUACGAAUAGCAAUCUGGAUAACAUAUAAGGUCGAAGCAGGGCCGUGAUGACGUCACUGUGGAUAUAGUUUAUUGUUACUGUUCUUUUAAUCGUUGUCAACUAUAUCGUUUUUAAUCAAAUACAAAAAAUAUAGUUAAUAAAGAAACUCUUAAGGAAAGAUCAAGSAACAKCGUKAAGUCCUUAAACCCGUGAAACAAGAUUUAACUACAUUAGUAUCAAGUGAACGCAUUUAAUGCGUGAAAUGGUACAAUAUCAAAACAGCACAAAUUUGUACUAAAUCACGAAGUGCAUUCACCCUUUCAUUUCACGKUUUUUUCGACUUAAAUCUACACCAUUGUGAUUCCUACACAACAGUGCUGAUUAGAAGUACUCUUCAWUUCUAUAUUAUUAAUGGUUAUUUAUAACCAUUAUAUCAAGGGUGGGCUAUCACAGAUAGAAUGYAUUUGUCUGAUUUGUUUCACAGUUAUACGAAUUCUAAAGAUAUAGAUGUUUAUUAAAGUUAACACUUGAACGAA